AUGCGUUCAGAGAAGAAACCAUGGUCGCCACUCCUCUGUGACGAACUCAUCGAGGAAAUCUUGUCUCGUCUUCCCGUGAAACCUUUGAUCCAAUUCAAGUGUGUGUGCAAAGGAUGGAACUCCCUGAUGUCAGAUCCCUAUUUCAUCAAAUUGCACCUUAGCAAAUCUGCUGCGAAGGACGAUUUGGAACACCUUCAACUGAUGAAAAAUGUCUGCCUCGUAUCCAUCCCUGAAAUCCACAUGGAAUCGUGUGAUGUAAGUUCGUUAUUCCAUUCCCUACAAAUUGAAACGUUCUUGUUCAAUUUCGCAAACAUGCCAGGUUACCAUCUGGUCGGUUCAUGUAAUGGGUUGCACUGUGGGGUUAGCGAAAUACCAGAAGGAUACCGUGUUUGUUUCUGGAACAAGGCGACAAGGGUGAUAUCCAGAGAAUUGCCAACGCUGUCUUUUUCCCCGGGCAUUGGUCGUAGAACAAUGUUUGGGUUUGGCUAUGAUCCGUCAAGUGACAAAUACAAGGUUGUAGCAAUUGCAUUGACUAUGCUCUCACUUGACGUAUCUGAAAAGACUGAGAUGAAAGUUCAUGGCGCGGGUGACACUAGUUGGAGAAACCUUAAAGGUUUUCCUGUUCUUUGGACUUUACCUAAUGUUGGUGGAGUGUAUCUGAGUGGAACCCUUAAUUGGAUUGUUAUUAAAGGAAAAGAAAUCAUUCAUUCUGAAAUCGUAAUUAUUUCUGUUCACCUGGAGAAGGAGACUUGCAUAUCACUGUUUCUUCCCGACGAUUUUUGCUUUGUUGAUACAAAUAUUGGAGUUUUUAGAGACUCGCUGUGCGUUUGGCAAGAUAGCAACACCCAUCUUGGCUUGUGGCAGAUGAGGAAGUUUGGAGAUGACAAGGGGAUGGUAAGUCUCAAGUUUCUGUCGUUCCCUCAGGUUCAUCCGCCACUACCAAUCAAUUGCUUGCUUGAAUCGCUGUUUGGAGGUUUGGAGAGCGAGAACACCUUUUCACGUUUUUGGGCUUUGGCUGACAAGUAUAGCAGGUUAUUCACAAAUUCUUGUAAUCCGAAUGCCCUGGUGGCUGAAAUGGGAUAUUGGGUACCCUCCCAAACAAACAAUGUUAUUUUUAGAGGGGCCAAUGGGAAUUGGGAAGUUGUGUUGUGUGGCCGCAUGGGAUCUGGCAAAACAUAG